AGCUAUUUCUCCAGCCCCUUAUUUGCUUUUGUUAAUGCACCAGUUAGGCACUAGGUUUAGUCCUAUUUUCCAGCAGCAAUACACAAGAAAACAUAAAUCUUGGCUGUGGUUGAUUCUGCCCUGUUGACACUGUGCUAUACAAAUUGCAGUUGACCCACAUUUCUGAUUAUGGCAUUACUGAGUCCAUGUCUACCUUGCUCAAAUAGGAAGGAAAUAUGCCUCUGGAAGACUUACUGGCAUUCUAUGGCUAUGAAUCUACAAUUCCAGCAGUUACAAAUUCCAGUGCAAACAGCUCCCCAAGUGAACUUGCAGAUGAACUACCAGAUAUGACUCUAGACAAAGAAGAGAUAGCAAAAGACCUGCUGUCGGGUGACGACGAGGAGACGCAGUCCUCUGCAGACGACCUGACACCAUCCGUGACCUCGCACGAAACUUCUGACUUCUUCCCUCGGCCCUUACGAUCAAACACAGCAUGUGAUGGAGAUAAGGAGUCAGAGACUGAAGAUGCUGAGACGGACAGUGGUAACUCACCGGAAGAUCUGAGGAAGGAGAUAAUGAUCGGGUUACAGUAUCAGGCAGAAAUACCCCCUUAUCUUGGCGAGUACAGCGGCGAGGAGAAAGCUUAUGACAGUGAAGACCAGUUACUGUGGCGCCCUGGCGUGGUUUUGGAGAGCAAAGUGAAGGAGUACCUUGCUGAGACCUCGCUAAGAACUGGAAAUGAAAAAGUCACAGACAGAAGUUCUUCAGGCGCACACACCAGGGAUAACGAACAGGCAUUAUAUGAACUUCUCAAGUGUGACCACGAUGUAAAGGAAGCAGCUGAGAGGUACUGCCGUAAUGGAAAGGCGGCUCAAGAAGGAAUGACAGCAUGGACAGAAGAAGAAUGCCGAAGUUUUGAACAUGCACUCAUGCUUUAUGGGAAAGAUUUUCAUCUUAUACAGAAAAAUAAGGUGAGAUCGAGAACGGUUGCUGAGUGUGUAGCCUUCUACUACAUGUGGAAGAAAUCAGAACGCUACGAUUACUUUGCUCAACAGACAAAAUUUGGGAAGAAACGCUAUAACCAUCACCCUGGAGUUACGGACUAUAUGGAUCGUCUUGUAGAUGAAACAGAGUCUCUGGGUGGUACGGUCAGUUCUUCAGCCUUAACCUCUAACCGGCCCGAGCCCGUUCCUGACCAGCCACUGAACAUUCUCAGCUCCUUCACUGCCAGUGACCUGACAGCUUUGACCAACAGUGUAGCAACUGUCUGCAACCCCACAGAGGUGAAUUGUCUGGACGAUAGCUUUCCUCCACUGGGAAACACACCCCGUGGACAAGUCAAUCAUGUGCCUGUCGUAACGGAAGAGUUACUCACCCUGCCCAGCAAUGGUGAAAGUGAUUGUUUUAAUUUAUUUGAGACUGGAUUUUAUCACUCAGAGCUAAACCCUAUGUGCAGUGAAGAAUCAGAAAGACCAGCAAAGAGAUUGAAAAUGGGCAUUGCUGUCCCUGAAUCCUUUAUGAAUGAGGUUUCUGUGAAUAACUUGGGUGUAGACUUUGAAAACCAUACACAUCACAUCACCAGUGCCAAAAUGUCUGUCUCCGUGGCUGACUUUGGCAGUUUGCCUGCCAACGAGACAAAUGGAUUCAUCAGUGCCCACAGUCUGCACCAGCACGCUGCCCUUCAUUCAGAGUGACGUGAACGAGAAGCCAGAGACAGUGGGUGUGCAGUACCAGUAAACUUGAGGGGAGCUAUCAGGUUUGCAUAGUCUUUCACUGGAAGUUUGAACCUUUUUCACUAUGACAUCAGUGAUGUCAGUAUGUAUAGAACUAUAUCUUGAUUUAUCAAGAGUAUUUUCAUUUUUCAAUCCAUAAAUGUGGAAACGAACUAUGAUCAGCAGAGUGGGGAACUAGGAUUGAACUCUGUGGUGCAGCUUUAAGCUCUGCGUCUCUUCCUCAUCCCUAAUACCUCUUCCCACUUCCUCCUCCUUUUCUGUUCCCUUUGCCCUCAUCCUGGUUUUAAAACCUGUAGACAGAGGCCACAGGCUCAAAACCAGCACAGACGUUCUGAACUGAUGUGUGGCUCUCUUGGUGUAAAUUCCUUUUGCCGUAAUGGAUGCAGUGGGAUAACAGUGUUUACAGGUACCAACCCCAGUCCCUGCUCAAUGUAGCAUUUUUUUGUUUUGUUUUGUUUUCUUUAUUAAUAAAAGCAGGGGUAGGUUUCUUUAAACUGCACAAACAUGCAAGGAUUUUUUUUUAAAAAAACAGGAACUUCUCUCAUGUUCUUCAGCUAGAGCACUUCAGUUUACAGAACACAAGGCCGUCUGCUGGGAGCUUCACGAGGAACUGUGUGCAAGCGACGAGGAACGCUUGGAUCCUGUUGCAGAGUUCUAGACCAGGGCUACCUUACACAGAAUUGGUCAUUUUACUGCCACGAGAUUUCUGUGUUUUUAAAAAGAAAUUUGUGUUUUACUAAAAAAUUUGGCAUUUUAAGAUGUGGUAUUCCUAAGGGGUUCUGUCCACCAUUGUCAAGAUUGUGAUAGUAAAAACCAUACUGGUCAUUCAGUUUAUUCUGAGGCAGAGGACUUGCAGAAGUACAGUCUACAAAGCCCAGGAGUUGCCACUCUCACGUUCGGGGCACUGCAGUUCAAAGUGUUAAUGCUU